UUCCUGCGCAACGCACCGGCCCGGUGGGGAACGCCGGUCCGGCUGUAACACCGCCCCGGCGCGGAAGCGGGACGUCUGCGGCUCUGGGCCCAAGCUGGCGGCGGCGAUGGCCUCGGCGGCUGUGGAAAGCUUCGUGGCCAAGCAGCUGGAGCUACUGGAGCUCGAGAGAGACGCGGAGGUGGAGGAGCGAAGGUCCUGGCAGGAGAACAUCUCCCUGAAAGAGCUCCAGAGCCGAGGCGUCUGUUUGCUGAAGCUGCAGGUGUCCAGCCAGCGCACGGGGCUGUACGGACGGCUGCUGGUGACCUUGGAGCCCAGGCGAUGCGGUUCUGCGGCAGCUCUUCCCAGUAACAGCUUCACUUCCGGUGAUAUAGUGGGCCUGUACGAUGCUGCUAAUGAGGGCAGUCAGCUGGCCACCGGGAUCCUGACCCGAGUCACCCAGAAGUCAGUCACGGUGGCCUUUGAUGAGUCCCACGAUUUCCAGUUGAGCUUGGACCGAGAGAAUUCCUACAGACUGUUAAAACUUGCCAAUGAUGUCACUUACAAGCGACUGAGAAAAGCUCUGACUGCUCUAAAGAAGUAUCAUUCUGGCCCAGCCUCCUCACUCAUAGAAGUGCUCUUCGGCAGAUCUGCUCCCAGUCCUGCCAGUGAAAUACACCCGCUGACGUUCUUCAACACCUGCCUGGACGCCUCCCAGAAAGAAGCGGUUUCAUUUGCGCUGUCGCAGAAGGAACUUGCCAUCAUCCAUGGACCUCCUGGCACUGGGAAAACCACGACUGUCGUUGAGAUAAUUCUUCAAGCUGUGAAACAAGGCUUAAAGGUUCUGUGCUGCGCCCCCUCCAACGUCGCAGUGGACAACCUGGUGGAGCGCCUGGCUCUGUGUAAGCAGCGGAUUCUGCGCCUGGGGCACCCCGCCCGCCUCCUGGAGUCCAUUCAGCAACACUCCCUGGAUGCGGUUUUAGCACGGAGUGACAGUGCCCAGAUUGUUGCCGAUAUCAGGAAGGACAUCGACCAGGUCUUUGUGAAAAACAAAAAGACCCAGGAUAAGAGAGAGAAAAGUAAUUUUCGCAAUGAAAUUAAACUGUUAAGAAAAGAACUGAAGGAGAGGGAAGAAGCAGCUAUGCUGGAGAGCCUCACUUCGGCAGACGUGGUCCUUGCAACAAACACGGGUGCAUCUGGCGAUGGCCCCCUGAAGCUGCUGCCCGAGGGCCACUUUGAUAUGGUGGUCAUCGACGAGUGCGCCCAGGCCCUGGAGGCCAGCUGCUGGAUCCCCCUGCUACAGGCCGGGAAGUGCAUCCUGGCGGGCGACCACAAGCAGCUGCCCCCCACCGUCAUCUCUCACAGGGCUGCGCUGGCAGGACUGUCGCUCAGUCUGAUGGAGCGCCUGGCCGAUGAGUAUGGCGAGCGGGUGGUGCGGACGCUGACCGUGCAGUACCGUAUGCACCAGGCCAUCAUGCGCUGGGCCUCGGAAGCCAUGUACCUCGGGCAGCUCACAGCCCACCCUUCCGUGGCGGGGCACCUCCUGAGGGACCUCCCAGGUGUGGCUGCCACGGAGGAGACGGGCGUGCCCCUGCUCCUGGUGGACACCGCCGGCUGCGGGCUGUUCGAGCUGGAAGAGGAGGACGAACAGUCCAAAGGGAACCCUGGCGAAGUCCGCCUCGUUAGUCUGCACAUCCAGGCUCUGGUGGACGCCGGUGUUCCAGCCUGUGACAUUGCCGUGGUCUCGCCGUACAACCUCCAGGUGGACCUGCUCAGACAGAGCCUCGCGCAUAGGUACCCUGAGCUUGAAAUCAAGUCUGUUGAUGGCUUCCAAGGCCGAGAGAAGGAGGCCGUGAUACUGUCCUUCGUCAGGUCCAACAGGAAAGGUGAGGUUGGUUUUCUUGCUGAGGACCGGAGGAUCAAUGUGGCUGUCACCCGUGCCCGGCGCCAUGUGGCGGUCAUCUGUGACUCCCGUACCGUCAACAACCAUGCAUUUUUGAAGACCCUGGUGGAGUAUUUCACCCAGCAUGGGGAAGUACGCACGGCCUUUGAGUAUCUUGAUGAUAUCGUCCCAGAAAACUAUUCCCACGAGAGCUCCCAGGGUCCCAGCCACGUCGCCACCAAGACCCAGGGUUCUGCUGCAUCCGCCAGGAACGGAAGUCAGUGGCAGGAGGGAGGCCAGGAGGCUGCAGCAGCUGCCAGACGCGGCCGGAAGAAGCCGGCUGGGAAGCUUCUGGGCCCAGAAGCCCCAUCUCAGCCGAGUCUCACUGGAGGCAGCCCAGAGGGAGUGGAGAGCCAAGAUGGCAUGGACCACUUCCGGGCCUUGAUAGCAGAGUUCAUGGCCAGUGAGAAGAUGCAGUUGGAGUUUCCUCCUUCCCUCAAUUCUCACGACAGGCUGCGGGUCCACCAAAUAGCUGAGGAGCAUGGGCUGAGGCAUGACAGCUCUGGGGAAGGGAAGAGGAGGUUCAUCACCGUGAGCAAGAGGGCCCUGCCAGCCCCACGACCCCCAGCAGUUCCAAGACCCCCAGCAGAUCCGGAACCCCCAGCAGCCUUGGGAUUCCUGGCCGGGACUGGCGGCCCAGCCCCUCUCCAGCCGGUGCCCCCUAGCCCUGUGCAGACGAAGCAGCCUCCCAGGGAGCAGCAUGGCCCAGAGCAGCCAGACCUGAGGACGCUGCACCUGGAGAGACUGCAGAGGGUCAGGGGCUCACAGGGGCAGCCCUCCAGCAAGGAGCAGCAGGCCUCGGGGCAGCAGAAACUUCCAGAAAAGAAAAAGAAAAAAGCCAAAGGACAUCCAGCCAUAGAGCUGCCCACAGAGGAGGACUUCGAAGCCCUGGUUUCAGCUGCCAUUAAGGCUGAUAACACUUGUGGCUUUGCCAAGUGCACAGCCAGUGUCACGACCCUGGGCCAGUUCUGCCAUCUCUGUGGCCGCCGCUACUGCCUCAGUCACCACCUGCCCGAGAUCCAUGGCUGCGGCGAGAGGGCUCGAGCCCACGCCCGGCAGAGGAUCAGCCGGGAAGGGGUCCUGUAUGCUGGCAGUGGGACCAAGGACAGGUCCCUGGACCCAGCCAAGAGGGCCCAGCUGCAGAGGAGGCUGGAUAAGAAGCUGGGCGAGCUCAGCAGCCAGAGGACCAGCCGGAGGAAGGAGAGGGGGACGUGACCGGCCACAUCCUCACCUGCCCCGUGGAGCUCUCUCCGUGCCAGCCCAGGACACCAUCAGCCACGCUCCGCCUCCAGCAGGGCCAUGGAAGAGCACAGGGGCCUGUGGGGAAGGUUGGGUUUUGGACUCCGACGUCUCAAUGUGGAGAAAAGCACCUGGGGGCAGCAGUGCUGGCGUAGGUGAGGCUCGGAAGCGCGUAUCCCUUCCCCUCACUCCCAGUCAAAUCCCACGUCUCAGCAUCUGGAUCCUGGGGAGGGUUCCAGUCCCUUGGGGAAUAUCCAGGGCCCCAGGCUAUUGAAGUCACCCCUCGGAUGACCUGCUGGCUCAGGCCUUCAGGAUAUGGGUGCUGGAAGAAAGCGAGAAACCAGACUCGCCAGUGGCGCUCAGGCGGGUUCUGGGGCGGGCGCCAGGAGUUUGGCUUGCACGUUCCCACGAGGCCAGCUGCUGGGGCCACUUUCCUUCUGUCUGCUGUUCACUGGUGACUGCAGCGUUCCCCUUCCCCUCCCCCCAUGGCUCCUGUGAGUCUGGGGCACCUCUUUCUGGCCUCUGCACCUCUCUCUGGCCUGUGCUAGCCCCUCAUCUCUGUGCCUUGCCAUGGGGACCAGGCGAGAAGGCCAUCCCCGCAGCUUUCCUGGGAACGCCCCCAGGCAUCAGCGCCGUCAGCGCUCACCGACGCAGAGCCUCUGGUCUCCUCCAGUGCCCUUUGCCAACUCUUCUGUUUCCGAGAACUUCAGACGGAUGGACCUUAGCCUCAGGGUUUUGUUUCAGGAGGAUGUAAAUUAUUUAAAAAUUAAAUGAAAACGUCGUA